AUACUGGGCCCCACAGGAACAGCAGAGGCCCGCUCAGGUGCAGGGUGUGAGUGUGAACAGAGGAGAACUGAGAGGACCUUUGGGGCUAAAUAACAACUUCAGCACCUCCUCCAAAGCUUGGUAAACAGAGGGCCCAUGGUCCUGGUCCCAAAAGAGUCUGGGGUCUCCUCUUCUCAACCUCAACAUUCUUUCCGCUCAGCCACACACUUGGCCAGGUGCACUGUCACUGCCUUCAGGUUGGUGGGAGCAUCACAAUAGGAACAUGGACACUAAGUCACUUCACUUCCUGACACGAUUUCAUUCUGGCAUUUCACCUUAUUGUAAAUCCUGGGUCCAGGAGUCCAUGUGGCACUGUCCUGACUGUCCUGUCACCCUGUCUCCAGCUCUUACACAUCAUCACAUCUGCAGAGGCGAGCUCACCCAAAACAUCAGGCCCAUGCUACUCUGUCAUUUCUCUGGCACUUGCUGUCUCACAGAACUUAUGCAGGCCCUGCAGGUCUCAGGAUGGGGUCCCCAUUGGCUAAAUGACAUUGUAUAAGGGAGACGGUGAACACGGCCACUCUGCCUUACUAGGUAAGGAAACCAGAUCUGACUCUUUCAUGGGGGCCUUUCAUCAGAAACCUGGGGAACAUUCUGUGUGACCUCAUAAAGGACUGGGCCACCUAGGAUGAGACUCUGUUUUCUCACCUCUACAAGGGGAGGUUGUCUCAGGACACAUGGGCUGUUGUUCUUCAUGCAUGGAAUUAUAUACAUCCUGUACGCAGCUAAUAAGCUGGUUACAUAAUGAUUGGAAAUCCGUCAACCGAGAGCUUGGCAGAGGUCUGCACAGUAAGCACAGUGAGGCAGGGAUUCCUCACACUCCAGUGGAGACCUUGGGGAAGGACUUCCAGGAUAACAAGAGCAGGUGCACCUUUUCUGUCUUUGACUCCUCAGUGGAGCUGAAAUCCCAGGUGCAUCCCCAGGAUGAGCUUCUCCAGGACCACCUGGUGCCUCCUGAGUCCUCUGAUGAAGAGCCCCAGGUGCCAGCUCCAGCCCACGCUGAUGUCCCACCUGCAGAGUUCGUGCCAACUGCAACUGCAGCUCCCUCACCAGCUCUGACCCCACAGCAAGAGCCAGGACCUGAAACCCCUUCUCCACCAGCUGCAGAGCUGCAACUCCUGGUGGCUCCACAGCAAGUGCCAUCUCUUGAGCUCUACUUGGGGCCAACUCUUGACCCAUACCUGCAAUUCCUCUCCCUUACAGAUUUAGUUACUAUUGUAUUUAUUGUUACUCUUAUUUCCCAGAGACAGGCCAAUGAUAGAAUUAUUUAAAAUAAAAUUUAAGCUUUUAGUCUUGUUUAAAAUGA